GCCCACUCUCAGCAUUUAUCAGUCCCAGUUUGUCGUCCAGGUCCAUCCAGGUGUCUUUGCAGAGGCGAACAGGGGCAGGUUUGGUUCUUUUCCUCCCUGCCAGCUUGGGGACCUCUCUCCCUGCUGGUCCAGCUCUCUGGACCUCCCUGCCCGCAGCAGCUGCCCCAUGCCCGCAGGGACUCCUCCCAGCUUUCCUUCCCGCUCCGAGUCCUGGCUGCUGCAUCCCCGUGUAAGCAGGGGUGGACUCUUUGCCCCGUUACCCUUGAAGCACCCAAGCUCCCAGCUCUGAGCUGCUAAAUGGAAUUCAGCUGUGACGAAUUCACGUGGCAGGCGAGACGCAGGAAGCUCGGCGGAGGAGAGGGAAGACCCUCCCUUUAAAGGGGGAGGAGGCAGCAGCUUUUUGCCCGCAGAGCAAACAAGAGGUUUGUUCCACUCCUGCUUUCAGUUUCGUUUCCCACCAGUGCCCUCCUCCUUGCUCUCAGCCCUCUCUCGAGGCUCAGGCGCCAUGGCUGAGGCGGGUGCUGCGGCCAGGCUGAAGGACGAGCUGACCUGCCCCAUCUGCCUGGACAUUUACAGGAACCCCCUGUCCCUGGGGUGCGGUCACAGCUUCUGCGAGGAGUGCAUCCAGAAGGAUCAGAAAUGCCAGCAGGGCCCUUCCAAGUGCCCGCUCUGCCUUUCCCCCACAGGCCCCAUCGGGGAGCUGAAGCCCAACUUCCAUCUCCGCAACAUAGUGCAGAACUUUUUGGAUGCUUGUAUUCAUCAAGAGGAAGAAAAGCAGAAAGUGCAAUGCAAAGAGAAAGAGGAAAGUUCGGACCAGCAAGAGGAGGUGAUCCUGUGUGAUUUCUGCUUUCAGGAGCCCUAUCCAGCCGUGAAGACUUGCCUGACCUGCGAGGCCUCCCUGUGCCAAGCCCACCUGAGCAAGCACAGCACAAAGAACACCCAGAACCACGUCCUGGUGGAGCCCUGUGGUGCCCAGGUUUUGGCUGAGAGGAAAUGCCCCCAGCACGGCAAAUUGCUGGAAUGCUACUGCGAGAUGGACAAGGUCUGCAUCUGCAUGCUGUGCUCUGUCCUCAGCUCCCACAGGGAGCACAAGAUCAUCAGCUUAGAGGAGGCUUUUGGCCAAGCACAGCGUGUUUUUCCCGAAACUGUAAAAGAGGUGAAAAACUAUGAAGCUGCGCUGGAUCGAAGCAUAGCAAACCUGCUGGAACAAGCGGAGGAAGUAAAGGUUAAGGAGGGUCUGCAGCGGCAACGGCUGGAGAGCCUAUUCAAAGAGAUCAGUCUGCAGCUAGAGAAAAAAAAACGUGAGAUCCUGAAAGCUCUCAGUGACUAUGAGAACCAACAAAUUUCUCGGAUUCAUAUGGAGUUAAAGAACCACAGAGAGCAGAAGCGUUCAGCCAGCCAUGAUGUUCAGGAGCUGGAGGUUCUGAGAAAUCAGACAGAUAUACUUCUUUUCACCAGGGCUUUUACAGCAAUUCAAGCCAGGGAACGGAAGCCUGUUCCUAUCACGGAUGGUGUGAAAGUGCCAAACCCACCUAUUGCUUUGGAUGAAUCAAAAACACGCAAUGUUCUCUCCCUUUUCCAGCAAUUCCUUUCAAACAUGGAGUCCUCAAUUAAACCACCACCUGAUGUGCGGUUUUCAACUCCUCACAGCGGUACAGGUGGACCCCAGCAUCCACAUUACCCACCUAGUUUUAUCCCUGCCUCUGGCUUCUCUUUUGGCUGUAACUCCUUCCAAGGCAGCUCUUCAGAUCCUAGUUUUUCCUCUGGCACUGCCUUCUCCUUUGGCCGUAGCUCUUCAAAUUCUACUUUUUCCUCUACCACUGGCUUUUCCUUUGGCUCUAGCUCUUCAAAUCCUGCUUCUUCCUCUACCACUGGCCUAUUUGGCUCUAGCUUUUCAAAUACUAGCUUUGGUGGGUUUCCUCAGAAAUUCUGAAAAAUUUGUAAAACCUGUGGGUUGAGAUAAGAGCAGUUUGAUAACUGAAACAAAGCAAAAUAUAAUAAUAAAGAUACUACUACUAAUGAUAACAGUAAUAGAAAGGAGCAAAGAGACUGAGAAAAGCCAACUAAAACAAGUGAUGCACAAUAAAAUUGCUCCCCACCUGCCCACUCCCAGCCAAAACCAGGACAGAACUCAAAUAUGUGCAGUGCUGUCCCAGACAUGCAGAGUGUCCAGAGUUUCUGGGAGGUGAACACCAACAAUGAGAGCUGCUGGAAGCUUGGAGUCAUUUGUGCCCUGUCUGAGUGCUGCCUGCAAGUGCCUCACGAUUACCUCUGCAUGUUCCUAGACCAACAACCUGGAAGUGAUAUGAGCAGAUGUAGACUGCGUAGACUGCUGAAGAAACACCCUGCCUCAGGCUUAUAGAGACAGUAAGCAUCCCUUUGAAGUAUCCAGUCCAUGCUGGCAUCAUUGUGCCUGAUGGCUCUUUGAAGCUCCUAUUUUGAUGUGGGGAGAAGGUGUUGCUUUGUAUUUCCAGGCCUAGGAAUUGGGACCAUUGCUGUAGGGGGAGGGUUGUUAAGCUGGCAUAUCAGAAAAGGGAUUGUGGGUUGCUGUGAGGGCCUCUGUGGGGUACGUCACUGCCUCUUACUACAAGAGCUUCUCUCUUAUUUGUUCUGUUAACCAUGGUGGAAAUACUAUUAAGUUGCUCAUUUUUGCUCAGCUGUAUCAAAUACGGUGUUGGCAGCAUGUUAU